AUGGCACCACUGUCGUACUUGGAAUUGCUGGGUAUUUCUUGCCUGUUAGCAGCCAUCAACGGGAGUGAAAGCAGAGCGUUCAAUGAGUUUCCAGAGGGUUUCCUGUUUGGAGCUGCCACUUCAGCCUAUCAGGCUAAAGUAUACCGUUUCUCCAUCUCUUGGUCUCGUAUACAGCCUAACGGGGACAUAGACGUGAUCAACCAGGCGGGGACUGACUACUACAACAACCUCAUCAAACUGCUGCUGGAGAUUUACAUUCAACCGCUGGUGAAGAUGUUGCUGACAUUCAACGAGCGUUACGAUUUUACGAAAGGCUACGCCACCACCGGCGGCCACGCUCCGUCCCAGAAAGCUCCGGGCAUCGUCGACUACCUGGCGGCGCACACCGUCAUCAGGGCGCACGCCAUGGUCUACCGGCUCUACGACGAGCAGUAUCGCUCCACGCAGAACGGUAAAGUCGGUAUCACACUAAACUGUGACUGGUUCGUACCAUACGAUGACCUGGAGGAAUCCCUGGAGGCUCAGGAACGUGUGAUUGAGUUCCAGCUGGACCUGUACGCCAACCCUAUCUACAUCGACGGCGACUACCCGGCCGUGGUGCGGGAACGUGUGGACAACAACAGCAGAGCCGAGGGUCGACCCAGGUCACGCCUGCCCAGCUUUACUGACGAGGAGAAGCGGAUGAUCAAUGGUUCUUCUGAUUUCUUUGGACUGAAUUCAUACACAGCAAGUCUUGUGAAGUCUGCAGACCAAUACUUGGCAGAAUUACUGAAAGCUAUCAAUGAAGACAGGGCAAAUGUCAUUGGAUAUACAGCUUGGAGUCUUAUCGACAACUUGGAGUGGAAUUCUGGUUUCAGACCGAAGUUCGGCAUCUACCAUGUGGAUUUCAACAGCACUGAGAGAACAAGGACGCCAAUGGCUUCAGUAAGCUUCCUACAUGGCAUCUACAGCAACAUGAGUGUACCAGAAGAAUACUUUACGUAA